ACGGCGGCAAUCCCCUCCUGAUGCCAGCUGACGCCGCCCCGUACCCCUCGGCACCUGCAGGUGAAGGCUGCUCCUGGCGAACCCCGGCAGCCCCCCGCGGCAGGCGCCUCCCCGCGCUGCCGGGCUCCUGCCUUCCCCCGGCUCUCUCGCCUUCGCCCCUUUGUGCGCGCACCAUGCCGCCCCGCGGGCUGCUGCCCCUUUGUCUGCUCUGCCUCCAGGCUGCGCUGCCGCUCCUCGCCCGCUACCGAGGGGAUAAAGUCAUACGAGUUGUUCCUGAGAGUGAGAGGGAAACGCAGAUCCUGAAGGCUGCAUUGAACAGGCUCAAGGUGGACCUGUGGCAGCCCAGCAGCACCUUCCACAUCGUCAAAGGUACGGUCACCGAUGUGCGAGUACCACAGAACACGUCCCGAAGUCUGCUGCCCUACCUCCAGCAAGCAAACAUCCAGUACACGAUUCUCAUAUCAGACCUACAGAAAGCAGUAGAAAACCAAACUGGAUUGAGGUCACACAGGAAUCGACGAUCUAUCUCUGAGUAUAACUAUGAAGUGUAUCACACCCUGGAAGAAAUCCAGGAUUGGAUGCAUCACCUGAAUAAAACUCAUUCAGAUCUUGUUCACAUGUUCUCCAUUGGAAAGUCCUAUGAAGGUAGACCACUGUUUGUACUCAAGUUAGGUAAAAGAUCACGGCCUUACAAAAAAGCUGUCUGGAUAGACUGUGGAAUUCAUGCGAGAGAGUGGAUUGGCCCUGCCUUUUGCCAGUGGUUUGUGAAAGAGGCUCUUCAGACCCACCAGACCGAUCCUGCCAUGAGAAAGAUGCUUACUCAGCUGUAUUUCUAUAUCAUGCCUGUAUUUAACGUGGAUGGAUAUCAUUUUAGCUGGACAAAUGAUCGAUUUUGGAGAAAAACAAGAUCAAAGAAUACAAGGUUUCGGUGUCAUGGUGUUGAUGCUAAUCGCAACUGGAAAGUGAAAUGGUGUGAUGAAGGUGCUUCAUUUCACCCAUGCGAUGACACCUACUGUGGUCCUUUUCCAGAGUCUGAGCCUGAAGUAAAGGCUGUUGCUCAUUUUCUCCGUCAACAUCGGAAGCAAAUAAAAGCCUAUUUGUCCUUCCAUGCAUAUGCACAGAUGCUGCUGUACCCUUACUCUUACAAAUAUGCAACUAUUCCAAACUUCAGCUGUGUGGAAUCAGCAGCCUAUAAUGCUGUUAAUGCCCUUCAGUCAGCCUAUGGUAUAAGAUACAGAUAUGGUCCUGCAUCUAGCACUUUGUAUGUGAGUUCUGGUAGCUCUAUGGACUGGGCCUAUAAAAACGGCAUCCCCUAUGCGUUUGCAUUCGAGCUGCGGGACACUGGCCAUUUUGGAUUUUUACUUCCUGAGACGCUGAUCAAACCAACCUGCACAGAGACAAUGCUUGCAGUUAAAAACAUAACUCUUCAUCUGCUGAAGAAAUGCCGUUGAGAGCUAUUUCUAGGAGCUAGGAGUGAGCAUUUUAAUCCUAGUGCUGAUGCUUUGCAGUGGUUCAGUUGCCAUUUUAAGCCUGGCCACUUCAAAAUUAUAGAAGCUAAUGGGAAAUAUGUUACUGUUUCUACCAGAUUUACUGGGUAGGAAAUGAAAAAAAUCAUUUUAUAUCUGCUCUACAAAAGUCCAUAAAGUUGAUAUACUAACUUAGUUACCAGUUUGGUGCAAAAUAGUCUGUUCUUUUUACAAUAAAGCUUUGAUUCUGCAGCUUCAGGGGGGAAGGUCCAGGUCCGCAUACAUGUGCCUGAAAUAAAACUUCACUUCCGUACAAUCUAUGGCCUUACUCCUUCCUCUAACAGGAAGACUUGCCUUAAUUGAGUCUCUCAAGCCAAGGGAUAAAGUUUACAUUCAUGUACGUGUACUCUGUGACUCAACACAGGCCCGUGUCUAUAGCAGUAAAUGGCAUGAAGUUGCAGCUGGCGGUGCUGCAAAAGGCAAUGUGGCUUCCUUCUGCAUGUAUACAUAAAUUUCUAUAUGCACUUUGGGGAUUUUUCUUUCAUGUAAUGCAAGAAUUUGACUCAAGGUUUCCUUUAACCGUACAGAGGAAACUAUUUUCAAAUGUAUAUAUUAGGGUGGACUCAAACCCAACAUACUGCCCUUGAAAAUAUGACUUUCCUAGAGGUGUGUAAAAGUUAUAAUGAGAUAUCAUUGAGAUAUACAAUACUCUGCUUUAUGGAGAGACAAAGCAGUUUGCCAGGACUUGGAAUUUGGAAGCUGGCAGCCAACUAGUGCAUCUGGGUUCUGCUGUAGUCAGUGUCUAUCCAUUCCCACCAGCCAAGGAUCUAGCCUUAAACUGUAAUUAGUUGAUGUUAACGGAUGUUUUAUUUAUUGGUAUUCUUGCAGUGAGCUCUGUAGCUCUCUGGCGGUGUUCUUGGAAGUCAUAUUUUUUGCAUGUUUUAAAGGAAUUAAUAAUGGACUCUUAAGUGAGCUGGAGGUGAAAGCAGCAGCUUUACAGCUGAAAUAUAGUGAAUGAGCACCAUGUUUGAAAGAAUAAUAAGGAAAGCAUAGAGGAUACAAUGACUAUUGAGGGGUUUUGGGUACUUCUAAAAUAGUAUUUUUUUGAUGUUAUUAUAU